CGCUCAGGCGUAGACAACCGACCGACCGGCCUGAAAUGUGACGCGAGUUGAUUUCCGGCCAGACGAACAUUGUCAAACUCCUCGUGGCUUAGUGGCUGGCAGCCUUGAUGCGUAACACACCUCAAUUACAUCGUUAUUGGGCCCGUCAGCGCGCUAAAAUUAUUGCGCUGCCGGUGUUCGUUCGCCUUCGAGGAAUUUAUUCAAAUGUGAUUAGUCGACGCGCGUCCUCAGAGUCUUUCGUCUCGGACGUUCUCUCGUUGUACGCCCGGUUAAUCGAUAAACCGAACCGGCGUUCCCCAUAAAAACCCGCACGGCAGGCUGACACAGUGAGAUAAUUCGUUGCACAAGAUGUCAACCAAACACAAAGAUCAGAGGAAGAUGCACCCUAAAGGACAAGUGUUGAAUGCAUUUCACCGGCUAGUUGAAUUCAUUGCCAAAAGGAUAUGUAUGUUCAUCGCGUUUCUAAAGGGACCUGCAGAAUCUCAACCACCUAUAAAAGAUCUAACGCUUCUACAUAACGCGACUACUUUAGCACUGAAGAUUCGAAAUAAACAGUUAACUUCAGAAGAGGUAGUACAAUCAUACAUAGAUAGGAUAAAAGAAAUUCAGCCAAUACUAAAUUGCGUAGUGGAAGAUCGUUUUGAGGAUGCUCUCAAAGAAGCUAAGAUGUGUGAUGAACUUUUGAAAUCUGAGGAUGCCCCAUCUCCUCAAGUAUUAGCUAAAGAGAAACCCUUUUUCGGAGUGCCUUUCACAACAAAGGAUUGUAUUGGAAUAGCCAAAAUGAAACAAACGGCUGGUUUAACUGUUCGCAAGAACUUUGUUUCUGAACGUGAUGCAGAAGUAAUUAGAUUAAUGAGGACUGCCGGGGGAAUUCCUCUGGCCACGACGAACGUGUCAGAAUUGGCCAUGUGGUGGGAAACGUCCAACUGUUUAUAUGGAACUACGAAAAAUCCUUACAACACGAGGCACAUUGUCGGAGGUUCUUCCGGCGGUGAAGGUUGUAUACAAGCAGCAGCUGGCUCGCCACUAGGGAUAGGAUCAGAUAUCGGCGGCUCGAUUCGUAUACCAAGCUAUUUCAAUGGAAUAUUCGGGCAUAAACCUUCUACCGGGGUAGUUUCGAACGACGGUCAGUACCCGAGUGCACAGAGCGAAGACCAAAAUCGGUUGCUCUCAAUUGGACCUAUGUGCAGAUACGCGCAGGACUUGUUGCCUACUUUGAAGAUUCUUGCGCACAAAAAUGUGGAUCUUUUGCAUUUGGAUGAGAAAGUAGACAUUUCCAAACUUAAGUUUUAUUAUAUGGAAGACGACGGUGGUCAAUUUCUGACGUCGGCAGUUGAGCCAGAGAUAAGAGAAGCCAUGAGGAAGGUAGUACGAUACCUGGAGAAAGCACAUAAAAUCAAAGCGACUAAACUCAACAUUAGAAAAAUGAAAAAAAGUAUCGCUCUCUGGGUGGCUAAUAUGACCUGUAAGGGCGAGAAAGACUUCACGUACGAAUUGGCGAACAGAGCUGGCCAUAUAAACAUAUGGUGGGAAUUUUUAAAAUGGAUGUUGUUCUUGAGCAAUCAUAAGCUGAUAUCUCUUCUUACUGCCAUGUUUGAAAGAUUCGCUGUGAAAUACGGAAGCGACAAGCACACGAAAUUCAUACAGGAGAGUAAAGACCUUUGUCGAGAAUUUCAGGACAUCUUGGGCGAAGACGGUGUGUUUCUAUAUCCAACGCAUCCAACUGCGGCACCAAUGCACCAUGAACCGCUGAUUAAACCAUUCAAUUUUUCAUACACUGGUAUUAUUAAUGUUUUGGGCUUGCCUGCUACUGCGUGUCCCUUAGGUUUGAACAAACAAGGUCUUCCUAUUGGUAUACAGGUUGUUGGUGGCUUAUAUCAAGAUCAUUUAACAAUAGCUGUUGCUGAAGAACUGGAGCGUGGUUUCGGGGGUUGGGUACCUCCGGUGAUCGUAGCUUGAUACGAUAACUGUCUCUUAGACAAUAAUCCAAUCCAAUGCAUAAGUUUAACCUCUUUUUACGACACAAUCUGUCAUCAUGUUAUUUUUCGAGUACUAAUUUGUACCAGCGAAUCUUAAGGUAAAAUACAAAACAUUUAUUCAAAAAGUAGAUCUUCUGAACAUUUCGGAGAAAAUUAAUUAAUGAGGGAAAGGGAACUAAUAAUUCUUACAAGUAUACGUAAUAUAACAAAGGCUAAUUGUCGCAUUGAUUUGUAUAAUCAAUUAUAAGCUAUAUUUCGUCGAAAAAUACGCGAAAUUUGCGUAUCGAUAUAUACACGUGUGUGUAUAUACAAAUGUAUAUGAAACGUAUGUAUAUUUAUAUAUAUAAAUUGAUGUUAAAGAAAUCACUUUUCUAACAAAAAUCUCGUUGAAAGAAGUAAUAACAUUUGUACAUAAGUAAACUACUACACUGUAUUUGAUUACCGUUUUUAUAUACCUCAUCGUAGAUCUCUAUAAAGGAUUUUCUAUUUUCAUACGAAUCAAUAGAGAGGGAGAGAGAGGGGGAGAAAAUGCGUGUAUGAACGAUAGAAAGAGAAAAACAAAUUACAUGGUAGUAGAGUGCUUUUGGUAAUGUGAUAAAAAUAUUGAAGAUUUUAUGUUUAUACUGUGUAUUGAUGUUAAUAUACUAUAUACAUAUAUAUUUUAUAUACUAAAGAAAUAAAUUUUUAUUUCUUCCCUAUUA